AUGAGAAUUGGUGCAUUUGAAAUUGUAGAACCGAUCCCGGAGCUACGAGAUCCCCACGCCUUCGCAAUGAUCCGUCCCUGGGUUGACGUGGGAAGCGUUGGGACCUUGACCCUUAGCCGGCUGGAAAGAUUUCUGGGUUCCAAAGAUCUGGGCAAGCUGGCAAGGCCUGGCAAUUUUUUUGACUUCACCAGAUACCGGCCCAAUAUCCGUUUGGUACAGGGGGAACGAAGGGUUACAAUACCCAAUAGUAACCUGCGAUAUGCCACUUCAGAAGAGGGCCCGGACUAUCUGUUCCUGCACAUGAUGGAACCCCACGCCGGCAGCGAGGAUUACACCGACUCGAUACUGGAAGUGAUCAAGUACUUCGGGGUCAAGCGAUAUUGCCGGUUGGGGGCAAUGUACGACGCCGUACCUCACACUCGUCCCCUGCUGGUUACCGGCUCUUUGGGAGAAGUGCCCCAAACUAAGCCAGUGCCCAAUUUGAAGCUCCGGAGCAGCAAUUACCAGGGUCCAACCACCAUUAUGAAUUUGGUCUCAGAAGGCAUCGACCGUAUGGGCAUUGAGACCAUAAACUUCAUGGUGCAUCUGCCGCAGUAUUUGCAACUUGAGGAAGAUUUCACCGGUACUUCUCGGAUGAUUGAAUGCCUUAGCUCCGUAUAUCCGAAUAUUCCUUCAGACCUCGCUCCGGUUCGGCGUGGGCAACGUCAAUACCGGGAGCUUACUUCGGCGGUCGAGCGCAAUUCCGAGCUUAAGUCGCUGAUUCAACAGAUGGAAGCUUAUUACGAUGCUCAGCAGGACGAAGAACAGGCAUCAGUCGAGGGGACAGCCGCUGCUUCCGACGUGAAUCUGUCGCCUGAGAUCGAGAGGUUCCUGGACGAGUUGGGACAACAGAUGGAUAACGAAGAGUAA